CCGAAACAAAUAGACAGGAGUUGAACAGAUGAAAACCAUUAAAAAAAAAAGUUUUUGUUCUAAAUUGAAGUUUAAUACUGGCAAACUCACGUUUCUUUCCUUGGUAAACGAGGCAUAAAGGUAAAAUAACCUGUUUAAAAUGAACCAAUAAUAAACGAGUCAAUCAAUUCACAGUAUUCAGCUGAGAUGCCGACAAGGCGCACCUGUCCAAAUCUGUGAAGUUGGUGGUCAAUCAAAGAACCAUGGCGACAACGAACCGGCAGCAGCAACACUCACUUCCAGGUUUUCCUGAUGACAGUCUUGUUGAAAGUAGCCCCAGUAGUGUGGAUAAGCUUGCAUUCAAAUACAUGGAGCUGUGUAAAGUGGAGUCCAGUACUGAUUCCGAGUCCGAUGUCAGUCCAAGGUGGUCUGAUACCAGCACCAUGGGAUGUGGAAGUAGUGCGCCAGAGAGCAGACAACCCAUUCAAAGGAUGCUAACAUGUUCACACAAGCCGGUGGGACGAUAUUCGUGGCUUUCUUUGUCCUUGGACCCAUAUGACGGGAGCUCAGAAGAUUCGGAUGAGUCUAACGCUGGCCCCAGGCGACCGAGGCAGGGGAGCUGCAGGUAUUGGGGCAGGAGCCAAAGAAGGAACAAUCACCCUCCCACUGUCAUCCUCAAAGAAGUGAUCAAAAGUGGUGGCCCAACGGAGCCUCAUCUCAUUGAUGUCCAGAUGAGAUCAGCAAGUGACUCUGAGCUUUGGACAUGCAGCCACAGCAAGGGGCGGGGCCCUGUGACAUCUGCAGACUCAGGAGUGCUCACUAUUAAAUCCUCACCUUGCACACCGGUGUUUCCCACUUUGGUGGGGGCAGCAACCUCUGUCCCCAAUGUCCGGAUACCAGAGAAAUCUCCCGACAAUACUAUCCCCCUCAGGGGUGUCUUCAAAAGGAAGUUAAGUCUUCCAGGAGCAGAGACACUACAAGAUUGUGGCCACAGGAAGAAGCAGUGUGUCACCAAAAUGGAGGCUGGGGAUUCUCCUCCUGAGGGGAGUUGGUCCAUGACCAGAAACACCCCCCUAGCCUAGACACUAUUGCUUAUACCUGCUGUUCUACACAGGUGGCUAGGAGUGGUUUCUGGACAGGGUCAUGACACUGGAAAAACGGGCACUUUUGAUCAUCUUUUUCUGCAGAACAAGUUGAUAGUACAUUGAUGUUGAAGUUGUGGCUAUUCAAGUUAGAGAAUGUCACUUUUUUUUACUUAGAUGCACUUUUUUUUUUAACACUUACAUGUGAGAAUUAAGUUAAGGAAAACAUUCCAUAUUAAUUUGCAUUGCUAUAUUGUUAAUUGGUGUGGUGCUGUAUAUUUUGGGGGACUGAAUAAAUCAUGCAUUUGCUAGUUCUAUUGUGUGGUAGACAGAUUUGCUUUACACUAAUAUUAAAUAAAGCAGUUCUAUCAAAUUGACUAAAUUUGUUUAUAUGGGUCCUUGCUUUGUAAUUCUCUCCAGACAAUGUCUGACUGCUCCCCUCACUGUCAAUUCAUUGGGUGCAUUCCAAACAAGGAUGGCAGACUACAAAGAAUCAUUUGUG